GCACUGGGAGGUCGUCCCUGGUUCAUCUUGGCUGGUUUUUUGGGGGGAGUUUUUUUGUUUGUUUUUUGCGCGUCACAUACUGUACAAAAAAAAAAAAAAGAAAGAAAUCUGUCAUUAUACCUCCCACCCUCUCUUGAAUUUAUCUGUCUGCUCGUCCCGGGAGGGAGCACCGAGCACCUGCCCCGAGGAUACGGAACCAGAGGAGUCAGGGAGGAGAGCUCCCCCGCCGAAUGCGUCACGGCAGCGGGGAGAACCGCGGCUCCCUGACGCACAUCCACCUGAGGCUUCUUUGGCGCUUUUCUUCAUUAACACCUCUCCAUUCAGCGAACCUUUGUCACGCAUACGGAAUUUGAAACCAAACCACCACCAGGGACUAUUGCUUUUUAUUUUUUAUUUUUUUUUUCAGGGGGGCGGGGGCUUCAUGAAAACUUUUUGUUUUGAAGCUUUUAAAAAGGAUGAUGGUGCUGUGUGCCUGUGUCAAGUUGGCAAUCAUCUUGUAUUGUUCGUCCCUCAUAUGUGGACAUUUGGCGGAAGAACGCUGGCCCAAAAUUUGGCCCUCUGAGAAUCCCAUCGUUAUUCACCGGGGGGAUCCUCUUCAUCUCACAUGCAGGGGGCACGGGCAGCUGCGCUGGACGCUUCCAAAGCCGGUGGACUCCCGACGGCUUAUUUCCUGGGAGGGCAGGAAGGUGCAGCGGUGUGAUUCCAGACACGCGUCGCACUGCAGCAAACUGACAAUCACAAACUUGAAUGCUAGUCACACGGGCGCGUAUAGUUGCAGUUACUCCAGGGGAGGCUCAGACCACAUUGCAUCGACAUAUGUCUAUGUCACAGAUCCAGAGCAGCCAUUUGUGGAGCCCCAUGAUCAGACACCGUACAUCCUGUUCGUUCACAGACAUGAGACCAUCCUUGUGAUUCCUUGCCGUACAUCGUCCCCCAGUACUGUUGUAACACUAAGUCAACUCUCACCUUCUUCAGAGGAGAUCAUCAAUGAAUGGGACCCAAAGGUGGGCUUCAGAAUUCCCUACAGCCCCGAGACUGUGCACAAUAUGUUAAUCUGCACCACCGUCGUCAAUGGUCAUGACUUUAGCUCAAUGUACAUCCCCAAGGGACUGUCACUUUUUCUUGAGAAUGUGACCAUCACCCCGGAGCGAGUCAGGGUGUUGGUUGGCGACACGCUCUUCCUGAACUGCACUGGAGUGACUACCUUUGGUGAAAGAAUCAGCUUUACGUGGGAUUUUCUGAGAAAGAAAGAAAAUCGCCACUUCACAAACAAGACCAAAGAUAGCACUGCUCUUGCUUUUACAAUGAGCAAGGCAUUAGUGUUGCCCAACAUUACAAUGGAGGACAAGGGCUUGUAUCGCUGCAAAGCUGAGAUUUCGCCCACCAAACAUAAGAACGCCACAGUAAAAGUCAGCGUCUACGAGCACCCCUUCCUCAACAUCUCAUACAGACACCAGGGCACAGUUGUUGUCAAAGAGGGCAGAAAGAGGCUUGUGUUUGAGCCCAAAGUCAACGCUCUGCCUCCACCAGAUAUGUUGGCAUGGUAUAAAGAUGGUGUCCCCAUCCUGAAGAAUACCACCUGCUACAAGAUAUCCGGUUUCAACUUGAUCAUAUCUGACGUGCACCAGAAACACGACGGGGUCUUCACCAUAAGCCUCGGCAACCAAGCCCAUCGCCUGUACCGGAAUCUGAGCUACACGUUGGAAGUCGAGGUGAAGCCAAGUAUUUCCGAGGCGGAGUUGGUCCCUGCGGACAUCCAGCCCUACAUGUUUGGCAAGCGACAUCAGCUGACCUGCACUGCUUCUGGGAGACCCACGCCAAACAUCACCUGGUUCUGGCAACCCUGUCACGCCGACCCAGUCCUAAAAAAAUGCAUUGUCUACUCCAAGCCAAUGGUGGUCAACGUUAUGGAAAAGGGAAAAGCCAACAACUGGAUCAAAAGUAUUAGUACCAAGUCUGAAUUGGUUCAAGGGAAAAACAAGACUCUGAGCACCCUGGUGAUAGGAGAAGCCAGUGUGUCGGGAAAUUACUACUGUUUGGCCCAGAACGAAGAAGGCAAAAGUAUGAUGACCAGCCCUUUCUAUGUUAGCGAUCACCCUGAGACUAUUUCCAUCCAACCUACGUUAGCCAUCGAGAGGGAAGACAUCACCCUGACCUGCCGGGCCUCCCGUUACCUCUACACGGACCUGCAGUGGUUGGAUUCCAGGAAUCGAACCGUCACCUCAAACGUGUCCCGUCUCCAGCUCGACCGCUACUCCAUUGCCAUCACUCUCCGUGUGCGUAACGUGAGCAAAAACAGCACGGCGGGGUACAAGUGUCGAGCCUUUAAGUUGCAAAAUCAGAUGGAAGUCAAGCUGGCUGCUUUCAAUGUAAUCGCGAGAAUACAGCCCUGGCUCAGUCAAAAUCUGACCGAUCGGGUUGUGAACAGCAGCAGCACUCUGACGCUCACCUGCCUCGCACAGGGGGUUCCUUACCCCAACAUCAUGUGGUACAAAAACAAUGUUCUACUGGAGGAAGGCCCAGGAAUCACUCUGAGGAAGGACGGCACGCUGAUCAUCGAGAGGGUGAAGACGGACGACGAGGGUCUGUACGAGUGCGUGGCCGGCAACAGCGAGGGUGUCGUCAAGACCAGCGCUUUGGUCACUGUGCUCGGGGAGGAAGGGAAGCCAAACGUGGAAGUUAUCAUUCUUGUGUGCACUGGAGCCGCCGCCACCUUCCUCUGGCUCAUGCUCAUCCUUUUCAUCCGCAAGCUUAGGAAGCAGCAGCCAGCGCACUACAAAAUGGGUCCGUCCAUCAUCAUUGACCCCGACGAGUGCCCUCUCGACGAGCAGAAUGACCUCCUCCAGUACGACAGCAACAAAUGGGAGUUUCCCCGUGAUCGUCUGCGAUUAGGCAAAACUCUUGGCCACGGCGCGUUUGGGAAAGUGGUGGAGGCCUCUGCUUUCGGGAUUGACAAACUCUCCACCUGCAAGACUGUUGCAGUCAAGAUGCUGAAAGGCGGCGCGACGUCCAACGAGCGCAAAGCCCUGAUGUCGGAGCUCAAGAUCCUGAUUCACAUCGGCCACCACCUUAACGUGGUCAACCUGCUGGGAGCUUGCACCAAGCCUGGAGGACCAUUGAUGAUGAUAGUGGAAUUCUGCAAAUACGGAAAUUUGUCCAACUAUUUGAGAGGCAAGAGAGAUGACUUUGUGGUUUACAAGAGUCAAGACGGCAAGGUGGUGUCGUCGGGGUGCGAGCUGAGCGAGCUGAUGAAACGCCGCCUGGAGAGCGUGGCCAGCACUGGAAGCUCGGCCAGCUCCGGUUUCAUCGAAGAUAAGAGCUACUGUGACUCAGAGGAAGAGGAAGAAGAAUCCGAAGAUUUAUACAAGCGAGUUCUGACUUUGGAAGAUUUGAUUUGCUACAGCUUCCAAGUCGCAAAGGGGAUGGAGUUCUUGGCCUCUCGCAAGUGCAUCCAUCGUGAUUUGGCCGCUCGAAACAUCCUUCUCUCCGAGAAUAACGUGGUGAAGAUUUGUGAUUUCGGACUGGCCAGAGACAUCUACAAGGACCCUGACUACGUGCGCAAAGGAGAUGCCCGGCUGCCACUCAAGUGGAUGGCCCCUGAGGCCAUUUUUGACAAGAUCUAUACUACUCAGAGUGACGUGUGGUCCUUUGGGGUUCUCAUGUGGGAGAUCUUCUCGUUGGGUGCGUCGCCAUACCCUGGUGUCCAAAUCGAUGAGGAAUUUUGCUGCAGACUGAAAGAGGGAACCAGGAUGAGAGCCCCGGAGUACUCGUCCUCUGAAAUCUAUCAGACCAUGCUGGACUGCUGGCAGGGGGAACCACAGGAGAGGCCCACCUUCACCGAGCUGGUUGAACAGUUGGGCGACCUUCUUCAGGCUAGCGUGCAGCAGGAGGGAAAACACUACAUACCCAUCAACACCGCCCUGCUGGCCAAGGUCGGAGACCUCGAUGCCGGCAACAUGCCGGAAGAAACGCCCACGCGGCCCGUUUCGCAGCGUGAGUCAGGCGGCACCUGGAACAUCAAGAUCAGACCGGCCAGCGUGAAAACCUUCGACGAGGUCACCGUGGAGAGCGGCGGCAAUCACGCUCACCAGGGUGUACAGUGUGACAGCGGGAUGGGCCUCUCCUCCGACAACAUGAAUACUCUGAAGAGGUUGGAAUCGUUGGCCGGACGACCUCUCAGCAUCAUGGCUCUGGCCAUGAAGGCAAUGAGCAAGAGCAAAGAGUCCGUACUGAGCGACCCCGAGAAGGACAAGUACCCAGCAAACGUCCCUCUAGACUUCAGUCUGGACGACUCUACGUUGGACGCAGAGCUGGAGUGUCACAGCCCGCCGCCUGACUACAACUACGUGGUGCGCUACUCCACGCCGCCUGUGUAAUCUCCCGCCUUCUUCACGCGUGGCCACCGGCAAGCCCUUCCGCAUGUAUCCCAUAACGAGGACAUGGAAUAAAUGCUGAAAGGGUUUUCCCUUUAGUGGCCACUUGAGCGGCGAGCUAGGAGAAAACUGGAGAAGCUGUGAACUGUGACACGAGCCACCGGUCAACUUGCGUGGUUUGACUCGCCAGGCUGACUUGCCAGCGCUCGAGAGUUUGUUACAGGUGAAAACUGGCUCAGGUAUUUCAGUCAGCUCCAUAUUAGGCUUUUCUACUGUAAAAUGGCCCCACAAGAUUCACCCACCGAGAGGAGAAGACAAGGCUUUUGUUUUCAGCUGGUUCAUUCAUGACAAAAUGGAAAGAUUCUGCUAUUUUUUUUUUUUUUUUUAAACAAUUCCAAACAGUUCCCAUGUGUCUUCCCCAUGACAUUUUUUUCCAAGGACUGAUCAUAAUCCCUAGCGCCAAUUCAACAUAACGACCAUUUGUACCCCUAAAUGCCGCAAGAUUUUUUGGGGGAAAGAUUCAACCCAAAUGUUCUUGACUUCUAUAAUAGAAAAGAACUCAACCAUAUUAAAUCUAAUUAAAUUCAAGAUUUAUCCAUCGUGCGCAUCGUCCACUAGAAACAAGGCUCUGAACUCCUCAUCUCAGUUCUACAUAGUUCCUUGGCGCCAAGAUGCCACAAGAACAGUGAAUACAAUCAACAUGCAUCGGUUCACUAUUUACUGUACGUAUGUACAACUCUUUAAAUUCACAUUUUUAACAUUGUAAUUGCAGCUCUGCUUACCUUUUGCCUUUAAUGUAGUGAAAUGUCAACCCACUGCAUCCCAGAGACUCAACUAUUUGUAAACAAGUCAUUCAAAAAGUCCAAUUUGAACAUUAUUGCAGCUCUGCUUACCUUUUGACUUUGAUGUAGUGAAAUUCCCCCCCGCCCCCCCACCCCCCUGUCUCUGCCCAGAAUUGUACUGUUAUCCUCCGCACUACCCAACCAGGCUCCAGAAACCCAACUAUUUUGUCUACGCCCAGCACAAAGUUAAUUUUCCAUAAUGUCCCCCUCAACUACAUUUGCAAAAGAGUGAUGUGAAGAGCUCUAUUUUGUAGAGUUCUCAUGUUUAAGGUGCCCAACGUAUUUACGAAAAGAUCAAAUUACUCAGGUUGACUCGUCGUCAAGUCACAAAUGAAUGGAAGUUUUGCUUUAAAUGUACAUUGAAGGAAUCUAUAGAUACACCCUGGUCAAUUGUAUUUUUGAAGGUUCUUUUUUUGUUUGUUUUUUGAAACAUGAAGUAUUUAUUUCAAUUGUAAACACUGUCAACUAGGAAGGUUCGGUUGUGUGUGUGGAGUGAUGUUGCGCCACGCAGAUGUUUAUGCUGCUGCGUUCACUGGCAGGAUUCAGCGGGUUUCCUCCUCCGACGUCGUCAUCACGCCAACGAAAGCUUGCGGGGCAGGCUGCGUGGCGAACAGCUUUCAUUCUGUUGCAUUUUGUCAAAUGCCCUCGCUUUCUGGCUACAUUUUCAGGGGAAAUUCAAUGUUAGCCCUUAUAUGCCGUUCGGGGUCAAAUGUGACCCGUUUGGAUUUUUAAAAAGAUAAAAUAAAAAGAGCCAAAAUGUCAGCCUUUCAUCCUGAAAUGUGAAACUUUCUCUCAAAAACAUGCCAGACAGAAGUGAGCUUCAGAGAUUGAUAGAGGGCUCAGAAAGUUAGUAGCGCUUUCUCUUGGGUGCUAGAGUAUCUGCAUGUUAAUGAUAAGUGAAUGUGAAUUAUCAUCGGUCAUGAAAAUGCCCAAAUGUGAAAAAGAUCUCUAGUUCAUAAUUUGACGUAGGCCAUUAUUGUGAUGUCAAAUUUGACCCAGAACAUUCUAUGUGCGCAUGGAAAAUGAACAGUAUGUAAGGGUUCAACAAAAGUACCGUGGACCAAACUCAUUAGUUUGCUUGUUUCCUGACCACUACAGAAAACCCACAACAAAAAAAACAUCGACAAGUGAUGAAUUGUGGAAGUUUUUAUGCGCAAAGGAAAUGAUUAUGCACUGAUACUUAACAUCAAAUGUAUUUUUUUUUUUCAUAUUCUAAUUGUAUUUUCUUUUUUAUUAAACAGCGUUGUGGCUCACAAGUCUUACAUUUAAUACCUAACUCCUUUAUUAGCCAUGUUCAUUCUAUGGAUUAUGUAUGUUGUGUAAUUCCAGUUGACCAAAAUGUCCGUGUCAAUGCAGCUUAUCUGGAAUAAAAUGUUUUGUUAUGUACUGUAUGUAAUAACCCACAGCAGUUAAAAGCAGUAGUUUAUUUUGCAUUCACUUUCAUUCAUGUAGUGUAACAAGUUGUAUUAUUAAUGUUCCCCAACACUGUUGCUGAGCAUAUGAAGUAAAUAAAUAAAGAUCUAUAUAUUUAUACUUUAAA